CCAGCGCUACCGUGGCCGGUCUUGUGGAACGUAGGUCAAGAACCCCCCCAUUUGAUCGUCGUACUCUGGUCACUCGGCCACCCAGCCUCCACGAAAGACCAAUUGGCACCGACCAUAGAAUAUCACGCCUAUCAAACGUUUAUGGAAAUGGAGAAUCUUUGAGGGGGUUUCCAGACCCGGGGUUUUUAGAUUCUCCCCAGCGGCCUCCAUACUCUCAGAUGUCUAGUGUAUUGCCCAAUGUGGCGACAGUAUCUGCACCAUACCAGCCACCUAUCGCACUUCAUGCACUAGAGCGGCAUCCUGCACGUUACAGUACGAUUCCAUCUCCAGAAAUGGUGGGAGAACGUGAAUGGGGGCGUGAAAGCUGGCAUGAAUCCAUCGGUCAGUCACCUCCGCCACACCCCAGGCCCUCGGUACAACAUCCAAGGUCAUCCCAGGGGCCAGAGACAUCCUAUUCUUCCGUUGAACCGGAAUCAGACAAACGUAAUCAUAGGAUUAGAGAAAAUCGCGCAUUGCGCCACAAGUCGCAUAUCAUUUUCAAUGAGAUAGAUUCUACUGCCGCCGGAAAGAGCACCCCCUCCACUUCGAUCAGGAUCCCACAGACGACGGGAAAUGAACGAAACCGUCGUCGGUCAUCCUCGGCAGCCAGCUCUUCCCCAGCUCCUCAAUGGAUCCAGUAUAAGCCUGACGAGCAUAGAAACGGUCGCUUAAUGCCAGAAUCCCUAGAUUAUAACAAAUACACGUCUCGACAUACUCGUGGGCGUUCUGGUCCUCUUACUCCUGCCGCUCGUGAGGCAGCUCAAGCUCUCCGUACGAUGAAAAAUUGUGACUCUUGUCGCCGUCGCAAAAUUAAGUGCGAUAUACAAACGCCUUGUAGAAACUGCGUCAAGAGUUUCGAGCGACACGCACGCGUACCACCUUGUCGAGGGGUGGAUGUUCAGUCGCAACAUGUAGAGGCUCUGCAUUCUAUCAAGCCACCGACAGAGCAAGAAGCAAAACCGAAUAUUGGAGUGUCUGCUGCUGCUUCUCACGUUACAGGCCCCGAGACGUAUAUUUGUUGCGAUCAGUGUCGACAGCGCAUAUGGAACGAACACUUGCACUGCAACCUCUGUGACGAUGGCGACUACGAUCUUUGCAACACCUGCGCCAAGGCUGGUUUACAUUGCUAUGAUCCGAGUCAUCACAUGGUCCAGAGACAGAUUAGUAGCGGACAGGUGGUUGACACCGCUCUGAAAUACUCCAGAGGACCAACCAAAGUCCGACAGGGCAGCAUGUCGUUAGGACAAUUUCUCGAAAACCAGGAUUUGGGGGAAUGGGCGGACGAGAUGAACUCACUGGGGACCCCCGUUGAAUCUGCCACAUUGGGACAUAGCACCAGUUCGAAAGAUGCCGAGACCUAUCCACACGUGACGACGACGAGUUAGACGAGUUGCUGCGUGAAUGGACAAAUGUUGGAGAAGAUGAAUUGGCAAAAGCAUAUCAGCCUUGAGACUGAUAAUUUCGUCAUUGCCCUGAGGGGCGCUACUCUCCUACUACGAAU